UAUAAGUAUAAGUAGAGUCUAAGGAAGAAUCAUCCAAUUUUUUCUUUAAUUCUGGAAACAAAAUGGCAAUUCCGUAACUUCCCAAAAAGCAAUCCCUUUUGUUUGUUCAUUAAAGUUCAUACAACUUGGUGCUAUAAAAUGCUAAAAGGUUGCCAAUCUCUCAUCAUCACCUUGCAACAAUAUAAAACCCAGCAAAAAUAUUAGCAGAAAAAAAUAAAAAUGAGUCAUGGAAGUAACUCUGGUACUGCAUCUGCACCUUCUGUUAAUGGAGGAUUCCAGCACUGGAACUCUCCUGUUCCUUACCUCUUUGGCGGGUUAGCUCUGAUGUUAGGACUCAUCGCCAUGGCAUUAAUGAUUCUAGCUUGCUCCUACAAGAAUUCAUCACCAUCCAAUAAUUCAUCACCUAGAGAUCAUCAGGCGGCUGAAGAAAAAUCUCGUCAUGAUCAUAAAAGAGCCGAGUUGCAGAUGGAGAUGGAGCCAAAGAUUGUGGUUAUAAUGGCUGGUGAUCACAACCCUACAUACUUUGCUAAGCCAGCAGUUCCUUUGCACUUGCCAAAGUAUGAACAACAAGUUUGACCACCUUUUCAUGUAUAUAUAUAUAUAUAUAUAAUUUUCUUUUCCUUUUCUUGGUUUUUCCUUUAUAAAAUUCUUCCUCACGAUUCUCUUUCUUUUUUUCCCUUUUCCUGGUUUCUUUUGUCUAGUUCAAUUAGAAUUUUGUUGUUGUUGUAGUUAUCGGAAAUAUGUACAUGUAAAUUGAUGGGAGCUCAAGAAAAAUCUCUGUAAAGUGAUAUUUUGAUGAAUUAUUUUCUAUUCUUAA